CCACAUCGCAGUCUCGGACUUUCUAUCACUAGGGACACCCGUUCUGAUCUCGCCGGUUCCCGCGCGAUGUGUAACGAAAUUUAAAUGGUACUUUUAAAAAACGUAGUCUUUGUCGUAGCGCGUUUAAAAAUUUAUAACAAUGUUCCGAGUUUGAAAACUUUAGCUGUGAAGUGAUUUCGACGGUCUUUUGUAUUUCCUACUUUUGUGUUCGCGAAGUGUAUUGUUUUUUUAAGUGUUGCUAAGUGUUACGAAAAAUUAAACGGGACUCGGAGUGAUUAAUUUGCUGAGUUGCGAAGUUGAAAACAGUUUUGCGGGUAUUCAAUAUUAUACUUUUGUAUUAAGGACUGCUAUUGUGCGGCAUCUUUAUUUCUAAAAGUCAUAAAAACCAAGAACGAUGUACCCUUACCCUGGGGGCCUGUGAAAGCGAUGGCGCGUACUACAGCCGCCUGCCUCUUUACGGUCCAUUUUCUCUCGUGCAUUAUUGUAUGUCGACAAGACAGCGGAAACAAUCGGCCACGAGACCAGAGCACAGUCUCCGAGUCGUCUCGUCGGUUUCGAACGGAGUUCUUGGAAGACUGGCCUCAAGCCCCUGGUUCACCAUACUUUGACCCCAGCACACAGGACAACGUAACCGGCUUAGUAGGACAUCCGGUCACUUUACUAUGCAAAGUGAAGAAUUUACAAAAUAGAACUGUGUCAUGGGUGCGUCAUAGAGACAUCCAUUUAUUGACCGUUGGCCGCUACACGUAUACUUCAGAUCAACGCUUCGAAGCGCAACACAAGCCGAGGUCUGAAGAGUGGGCGUUACGUAUACGAAGCCCACAGCGAAGAGACUCUGGACAAUACGAGUGCCAAAUAUCAACAACACCACCGAUUGGGCAUGCGGUGUAUCUCAAUAUAGUGGAACCAGAAACAGAAAUAAUGGGUGGUCCAGAUUUGUUUAUCUACGCUGGCUCUACAAUAAACUUAACGUGCAUAGUGAGGCACACGCCAGAACCUCCAAGCACCAUCAAUUGGACACAUAGAGGAAAGACGAUAAACUUCGAUUCAACACGCGGUGGUAUAUCACUUGUCACCGAAAAAGGGAUCCAUAGUAGCAGUAGGCUACUUGUGCAAGCGGCGCGCACAUCAGAUGCUGGAUCUUAUCAGUGCGUCCCAGAUAAUGCUCAAUCAGCUACAGCGCGAGUUCAUGUGCUUACUGGUGAAACUCCAGCUGCGAUGCAAGGAAAAGCACAUUGUACGAGAGACCUUGGACUUCCCGCAAUUUUGUGUGUUGCUAUUGUAAUAUUAUACAUAGCCGUUAUCGUGAUAUAAAACAUAUUAUAGUUUAUUAAUUGUGCUCUUAAGUGAUAUAUAGACGAUGUGGCGUAAGCGUUGUGUUUGGUAAAAUUUUAAAUAAUAUUGUAAAUAUUUAUUAAAUAAAAAAAAAUGUAUUUAUUCAUGACAUUUAUAAAAAAAAAAAAAAACAAGUUAAAUUAUGAUUAUUUUUUUCAUUUAAUUGAACUGAUUCUAAAAUUUGUUUUGUGAAUGACACCACAAUAAUGUACAGGAAACAUCAAGAUGCAAUUCUUAUAUAUGUAAAAAAAAUAUCGAUUUUAUGAUUAAAAUACCAUCAAUAGAUACAUUUUUACAAUCUGUAAUUUUAUGAUGUAAGACAUCGAAUUAACUCAAAUAUGAAAUGCGUCUGUGCCAAGACGCAUAUAAUAUCUUAAGUACCAGGGUAAAUGAAUCCGAUAAAUUUACUAAGCAUUAGAAUAUUUCUAAUGUAUAAUUCAAUUCCAAUCGUUGUAUCAUAAUUAAAUAGCAUAAAUAUUCGUAGAAAGAAUUAAGUAAUAGACUAGUUACUUGUUUUAAAAACUUUGAUGUUGAUUUAAAUAAAAGACAAUUUUUUUA